CUUCAAACGGAUCCGAAUGUUUAGGGAACUUCAUACUGAUACGACACCGCAAUUCUGCGAACUGAUUUGAUUUGGGCGCAAAAAUGGCUUGUUUUGUUUUCUGUUUUGGUCUCAACUAUAUCGUCUUGACUCAUUCACUUGAACUUCGUUUAAUCUGUGUUUCACUUGAUAACAGAUGACUUAUGACGACGAUAACGAAUGAUCUUCGGGCCACAGGGUGAUUUUCAUCAUUUCCGGCCUUUAGUGAAUUUUUAUCCGUUUUCAAUCAAUUCCCAACGUUUCUGCUUCCUUGCUUGUUUUCCAUUGGGAAUUAUGCCAUUAACUGCUUACGCAUCGAACGGCCAGCGCUUGUGAAACACAUUAUCAACACAGUAGCAAAGAGCAUUGAAUGAGAUGAGCAAUGUCGUACUGCAUCGGUUGGUUGGUCGAUCAGUUAAUACUUACUCGAGCAUACGAUCGGUUUCAGUUUAGAACUUGAGCUCAGAUCUGAAUGAACGAUUUUUUAUUUUGUUUUAUAAGACGUAACCAAAUUUCCAUAAAUAGUGUUUCAGAUUGCGAAAUGUGCUUAAAUUAAUACCAAAGAACAUGAAGCUAACACACCAAAGUUGUUGUGCCAUUUUUAUUUUGGCCUUAAGUGUCGUCGAUUAUGUGCAAUCGGUCCACACGCCGCACGACCGUCAAAAUCACGACCAUCGCAAUAAUUUCAUCCCAAACGAUGAAUCACCAAAAACCGAAUGUCCGCCAGACUUUACGGGGCAAAUUCCAUACGCAAUGGAUUGUCGUCAAUAUUUAAAUUGUUGGCGAGGUCGAGGAACGAUUCAAAGCUGUGCGCCGGGCACAAUGUUCAAUCCACGGACCAAAGAAUGUGAUAAUCCAUCAAAAGUGAAGUGCGGCCAUUACGAAGGUUUGUCAUCAAAUCAAAGGCAAUUACCGGCAUUAAACCAACGAUUUUCCCAACGGCAAGAGUUCGCACCACUUGAAUGUGAACGUGGUGCAAGUGGUUUGUUCGCGAAUCCGUAUGAUUGUACAAAAUUUUUGAAUUGUGAUCAUGGGCGCACAUUUCAUCAGGAUUGUGGACCGGGUACAGCGUUCAAUGAUGUGUUCAAGGUGUGCGAUUGGCCACACAAAGUUAAUUGCGGCAACCGGCCUUUCGGCAACGUGGCUCCGAGUGCAAAUUACGACACGAAUACCAAUAUAAAUACAAACACAAAUACUUAUUCGAAUCAAAACACAAAUUCAUACCCGAACUCAAAUACGAACUCGAAUACAAAUGCAAAUUCACACUGGAAUACACACUCGAAUACAAAUUCGUACGCAAAUCAAAAUUCCAACUCACACACGGGCACCUUUUCCAACACCCAAGCCGAGCCAUUCUACGGAGAAGGAGUGAUGGAUCUUCGUAUGGACACUUCGUCUCGAGCACAUUCACAGCCACCGUUCCCGCACCAUCAUCAAAACAAUCCAACACAUCGGCCGUAUCAACAGCCAUAUCACCCACCACAAUUUCCGCAGAACAACAUUCGCAACCAUCAACAAGCAACUGGACAACAACAAAGUAAUGACGGUCUAAAUUCUCUAAAUUCAUUUUCAUCGCCUCCAUCAUUCACCGCUGAAACCAUCAAUGACGACUUACAUUCCAUCGGUCAAUAUCCCGAUCAAACACCGCAAGAAUCAUCGCCAAAGACGCAAAUCGUGCAAAUUCCCAGUCAAAUUCUACUUCCGCCGUUAGAACCUACGGUCUCUAAUAAUCGAUCGGGUCGCGUCGAUGAAAGUGUUCAGGAACAGCCGCAAGAUCGGAUCGAUCCACGUUUGGAAUGGGGAAACACAGGCAACUCUUUAGAUUCAACCACUCAUCCAACUCAAUCGAGUAUCGAUGAUGCUCUCUUAACUCAACAAAAAACCGAAAGUACUCCACAACAAUUUCCUGAGCUAAAUAUCAUGUCAUCUCGUGUGGCCAAUGAUUUUAACAAAUAUUUUUCCAAUCCACAACCAAAAUCCACGCCAAAAGUACCACCGCCAACAACGACAGAACGUGAACCAACGAUUACCAAAAUUUAUAGUGUUUAUCCAAGUGGAUUUGAAACCAUUGGAUCGAAAUGUGAAGAGGAUCGCACUGGAUUGCAUGCGCAUCCAUACGAUUGCAGCCGAUAUGUGACCUGUGAAAAUGGUCGAAUCGCAGUUGAAAGCUGCCAGGCAGGAUUUAUGUUUAAUCCCACGUUGAAAAUAUGUGACUUUGCAACAAAUGUGAAGAAUUGUAAUGCGAGACCAGUGGAUGAAGGUAAUUUGUAUCCAACUGAAGCAACAGAGUUCGAUAACGGUCAAAGUGUUUUCAAUGGCGGGGAAAGUCCAUUUAACGGCCUAGCAGAUGAUUCAGCUAAUGAGAUUUAUGGCGAAGAUAGACAAAAGAAAUCCAAAACAACAACACCAUCGACGAGAUUUAGCUUUUCUCAAACGACUCAAGCAACACCAACAAAUCCAACGCCAUAUUUCAUUCCGGAUAUGUCAGUUUUGCCACUCGAAAAUCGACGCUCUCCAUCAAAUUAUCCGGAUGAACAAAAGCCGCAGAAUGGUAAUCAAAGACCAUCAAAUCCACCACCAGAGUGGCAAAAUAAUUAUCCUGGAUCGCAAAAUUUGCAUCCUGAACUUCAAAAUUCGCAAUCAGGUUAUGAAAACACUCAGCCAUGGCACAGAGCCACAUAUCCUGGUUCGCAAAACACAUUGAAUAAUCAUCAAAAUGGUAAAUUUGAUCGUCAAAAUCCACAAAGACCGCAAAAUAUUCCGAUUGAUCAGCAAAACGGUCGGAAUAUCCCGGUUGACCAUCAAAAUCGUCAGAGACCACUCUACGGCGACCUUGAUAAGCCAUCAAAAGGAGGUGAUAUCGAGCCAGAUACGUUCGAAAGUCGGAACUUCGCCAUUGAUACAUAUCAACCACGUGAAGGAAAAGGGCUGAUUCACAUCAAACCAACUGAAUCAACGACAGAGAAUAGAAACGUGAUGAAAAUUCCAUCCGGUCAUGAGCAUGUGAUGCCAAUUUAUCAUCGACCAACAAAAACACCGGCAACAACAACAUCAUCGACAACCGUAACUCCACGCUCAUAUUCACAGCCGCAGAGCUACAAUCACAUUUACUAUCAACCGUUUACGCAGCCAAUAAACGAAACCCAAGAAAAGGAUGAAACCGAUUACAUUCCAAUCAGCGAAGCAUUAAAGUACUUACUUCGUCCGUACAUAGCAAAAAAUGACACAAAAGUUCCGAAUGACUCGGAGCAAAUGACUAAAAUCGAAAAUAAAUUGCUUGAUAUGAUUGAUGAUGGCUCAAAAGCUCAUGGCAAAGCACUUGAACAAGACAGUUUGGCCACCGCAAUUUUGAAUGAGAAUGUAGCCGUUAAGAAUUUACCAGAAUCACCAAAGACUGAACUUCGUUCGGACAUUGAGCUAAUUUCAUCGACAACCGAAAAGAAAACUGUUGAAGAGACAACGCCGCAUAGGAACCAUGACAUUGCACCCGCAGCUCAUUUCCAUCCAUACAAUCAUAAUUCAAAUCAUCCACUACCAUCGUCAUCGUCAUUUGCGCCCGGCUUUACACAUUCGCCCGAAUUCCAUGCACAGCAUCCGGAAUUGAAUAAUCCAACAUAUUACAAACCGGGAACUAAUGAUCCCGUUCCGAUUACCUUUCCAGGAGCUCAUACCCAAUCACGUCCAGCUUUUGGAUACUACCAUCAUCCAUCCAAUCCAUCUGAACAUGGCCCAUCACCAUCGCAACUGACGCAAAUGCAUUCGAGUCAUUUCCAUAAUGGUCAUCCUCAUUUCGGUCCAAACUAUCACACAAAUGCACCCAAUUUUGGUUGGGCACAGAAUAAUCGCAAUACUGAACAAACCACACCAACAACUGCUUCAGUUCCGUCACCCAAUUUGCUCGGCAAUCAAGAGAAACCAACCACUUCUAGUCGAUUUGGUAAAUCACAAUAUGGUGAGGUGUCGACAUGCGAUGGACAAUUCGAUUGUGGUACCGGCUUUUGCAUCCCAUUCAGUCAGUUGUGCGAUGGACGAAAUGACUGUGGCAAUCGAUAUGACGAAUUGAACUGCCCGCAUGUGAACUAUCAAGUACGAUUAUCGCAUGAUAAAGGCCACAAACACAUGGGACGCAUUGAAGUAAGAGCGUUUGGCAAAUGGGGCUACGUUUGUGACGACAAAUUCACAUUAACCAAUGCAAAUGUACUGUGUCGUGAACUUGGAUUCAAUAUGGGAGCAGCCGAGGUAAAGCCGAACUCAUUCUUUCCACCGAAUUCGAAUAUCAGAGGAGAGAAUAUGUUUACAAUGGACGAGGUGACGUGUCAAGGCAAUGAAACAUCGUUGAAAGAAUGCGAUUUUGAUGGAUGGGGCAUUAGUGACUGUAAUGCUGAAGAGGUUGUUGGUGUUGUGUGCAAAGUCACUGUUAUGCAGUGUCCUCCUAAUCACUGGCUGUGCCAAGAAUCCGAAGAGUGCAUCCCAAUGGAAUUUAUGUGCGAUGGAAUUAAAGAUUGCACCGAUGGAACCGAUGAGAAUUCAAUGCACUGUAACGCCAAAAUCGAAUACCGAUUGUCGGAUGGAACCGAAUUGGAAGGUCGAGUUGAAGUGAAAUACCGCGGUGUUUGGGGCACGGUUUGUGAUGAUGACUUUGGAAACAAAGAAGCUGCCGUAUUCUGUACCUCACUUGGAUUCACUGGACCAGCGACUGUGGUCAAUCGUCGAUAUGGAAUGAGCACUGGGCCAAUUUGGUUGGAUCAAGUGGAUUGCCUUGGUAAUGAAACUGCAUUGGACAAAUGCAUGCACUUUGAUUGGAGUGAGAGCAAUUGUAAUCAUACGGAAGAUGUUAGUGUUCGAUGUUCGCAUGGUUCGAUUUCCAAAAGUGGUCAAUACAUCUCCAGUGACUCUCUGCCUCAACGCUUAACCAAUCGUGAAACUCGUGACUACGUUCGUGAAGUGCAACGGAGCAGCAAGAGUAUUCCCGAUCAUUCAAAUGUGUGUGGUCGAGUGAAAGUUACGGCUGACGAUGACAGUGAAGAGAGCAUUGGUCAAUUCCGUGUGAUCAGUGGAUCGAGAACGAAACGUGGCCAUCAUCCAUGGCAAGCGACAAUCCGUGCUCGCGGUCGAAAUGGUCGUUCGUCGCAUUGGUGUGGCGCUGUGAUCAUAUCGAGAACUCACAUUCUCACUGCAGCACAUUGCUUAAUUGGCUUCCCGAAGGGUGCUUACUUCAUUCGCUUGGGUGAUCAUCACUCUGAGAUCAGAGAAGAAUCGGAAGUGGAAAUUUUCAUCGAAAAUUGGUUCAUUCACGAGGAGUUCCGCAAAGGACAGCUAAUGAAUAAUGACAUUGCUCUUAUUUUACUCAAGACACCGAUUCAGUUCACCAAUUACAUCCAACCAAUUUGUCUACCGGAUCAAGAAACCAUUUAUGAACCAGGCAAAAAUUGCACCAUUUCCGGAUGGGGAUCGAUUCAAUACGGAAAAUCGACUCCAUCGCUCGACUUAAAAGCAGCCUCUGUACCACUCAUCGCGCAGGAAAUCUGCCGACAAAAAGACAUUUACGGAGAUGAAAUUAUGGACACAAUGUUUUGCGCAGGAUUUUUGGAUCAAAGUGGAGUUGACGCAUGUGAUGGAGACUCAGGUGGACCUCUUGUUUGUGCCGACGAAAGUGGUGUCAACUCAUUGUAUGGCAUCAUUUCAUGGGGUCAACGAUGCGGCGAAUCAACAAAGCCUGGCGUUUACGUAAAAGUUAAACAGUACUUGGAAUGGAUUAAGGAAAAGAUGAAUCUGAUAAAUUAAGAAUUACGUAGAUUUUAGUUAAAAGGUUUAGAAUACUCAUUUUAUGACGAAAAAAAAACACUCUGUUCAAUGUUGACCGUUUUGAAUGAACACUUUUUUGACAUUGUUAGAAUAGAAAAUUUCUAUUAGAAAUAAAUGGUUGGAUAAGUAAAA